AUGCCCCAUCUUCAUCAGGUCGCGAAGACCUUGAGGAUCGGUACGGACAAGGUCCUGGCGGAACGCACACUCUGGUAUGACAAGCAGGAGUUGUACGAGACCAACGGGAAGGGGCGAGGCAAGGCCACCAGCGUCGACGACGGGCGACGCGUCAUCACCAAGGAGCAAGAGGAUGGACUGAACGAGUUCAUCAAGGGCGAGCACGAGGCGGGACGUCAGGAUCAAAAUACCUCCGUUGAACGAGGAAAGGAAAAACCGCAUCCGCCUCUUUCUUUUGUUAAGAUGGACCUCGCGAAGAGGGCCGAGGACGCUGGGGUCGCAGUCAUUGUGUACAUGGCCAAGUUGGCAACUGGAGGUUAUCAUAACGCCAUGACGGAUGGGAUGUUCAUGCAGUGGUUAAAGCACCGACUUACCCCGGCCUUCGAUGCGCAGUUCAAGAACAAGAUGUUUCUCUUUCUCGAUAACACCUCAUACCACCACUGCUUUGACGAGGAGCUCAAGGUGCCCGAAACCAACAGUAAGAAGUUCAACGUCGAACUCUUGCGUAAGUACGGUUGCACGUCGUUCAAGGUGACGCGUGAGUCGGAGGGUAAGGCUGCUGAGUACAACUUUGAGGUGCCGGCGCAGGGGUCGUUACCCAAUGCGAACCGCAAGAACGGCGGGCGGGGGUUAAUUUGGACACCGCCGUGCAUGCCGACUUUCCAGCCGAUCGAGCUGUUCUGGCAGCACGGCAAGCAUUACGUGAGCAUUCAUUUUGAGAAGCGGCGGAACAUGUUGGAUGUAUGGAAGCAAAUCCGUCUCGGUUGGUAUGGAGACCCGGAAUGGAACGGUCAGGAGGGAGGGUGGAAGGCAGCCAAUUGUGGAAAGUUGGUGGAGCAUGCCAUUGGCAAGAUGAACGAGUGGAUCGGCCUGUAUGGUGGAAACCUGAGCGGUACGAUCGGUAGCCUCGAGUAUCCAGUGGCAGAGUACCAAGAGGCUAUGACCGAGGAUGAGAUAGAGCAUGGGGUGGAGGAGAAGACGGAUGAGUGGCUGGGUGAGGACGUGGAAGAUGCCAUUGAGGGCUGAAAAAAAAAUGCAAAAAAAAA